AUGGCUAAAUCAAAAUCUAAGGAUAAUAAGAAGACUGAAGUCUUAAAAGCUCAAACCAAGGGCUCCAAGGUUGCUAAAGAGGUGAAGAAGGCUUCUACUUCGAAGCCUUCCAAGACCCCAGUCAAGGAGGAGAAGAAGUCUAAGAAGAAGUCCAAGAAGGAGGAAUCCGAGUCCGAGUCUGAAUCUGACUCCGAUUCUGAUUCUGAUUCUGACUCUGACUCUUCCAGCUCCAGCUCUGAUUCUGACUCCAGCUCCAGCUCUGACUCUGACUCUAGCUCGAGCUCUAGCUCCGAUUCCGAUUCAGACUCCGACUCAUCUGAUUCUGAAGAGGAGAAGGAGGAGAAGAAGGAAGAAAAGAAGGACUCUUCUGACUCUGACUCUAGCUCUGAUGAGGAGGAGGAGAAGAAGGAGGACAAGAAGGACUCUUCUGACUCUGAUUCCUCAGACUCUUCAGACUCGUCUGAUUCCGACUCUUCUGAUGAUGAGGAGGAAGAGAAGUCCACUAAGAGAAAGGCCUCUGAUGAUGAAGAGGAAGAGGAGAAGCCCACUGAGGUUAAGAAGCAAAAGGUCGAGGAAUCUGCCGAGGAGCAAACCACUCUCUUUGUCGGUCGUCUUUCUUGGAACAUCGAUGACGCUUGGCUGUCUGAGGAGUUCCAAAAUGCCGAGGGUUUCAUCAGCGCUCGUGUCAUGACUGACAGAGCCACUGGCAGAUCCAAGGGUUUCGGUUACGCCGACUUCAAGAGCAAGGCUCUUGCUGAGAAGGCUCUUAACGAGUACCAAGGAAAGGAAAUCGAUGGCCGUCCCAUCAACCUUGAUGUUUCUAACUCAAGACCCCAAACUCCUCAAACCAGAGCUAACAACAGAGCUUCUCAAUACGGUGACAAGCCCUCUGCUCCUUCUGACACUUUGUUUGUCGGUAACUUGUCUUUCGACACUGACCGUGAUCAACUUUUCGAGGCCUUUGGCCAACAAGGUAGCGUCAUCUCUGUCCGUAUCCCUACCCACCCUGAGACCGAGCAACCCAAGGGUUUCGGUUACGUUCAAUUCGGUUCUGUUGAAGAGGCUCAAACCGCUUUGAACAACCUCCAAGGUGCUGACAUUGCCGGACGUCCUGUUCGUCUUGACUUCUCCACUCCUAGAGAUUCUCCUGCUCCUGGUGCCGGUGGUCGUGGUGGUUUCGGUGGCCGUGGUGGUCGUGGUGGCCGUGGUGGAUUCGGUGGCCGUGGCGGUUCUCGUGGCGGUUUCGGUGACCGUGGUGGCAGAGGUGGUUUCAGACCCCGUGGUGCCCCCGAUUUCCAAGGAAAGAAGACCACUUUCUAA